UUUUCUUUGUACAAGAUUUUUCGCGCUUUCUAAAAAAUUUGAAGUUUAAAUCUUGAAAACAUAUUUACAGUUUUUUACGUUUAAAUGAUGUAAUAACUAUUGCUCAAUGAUUGCUGCCUGUAAUUGGUAUAUAGUUUUAUAUCAUCAAUAAAUCUAGAAUAGGCCAAUCACAAAACGAUGAUUGAGGGACGGUCUCUGAUUAACUUGAUCGAUUAUAGUUGGAAUUGACAUAUUAAUCGUUUAAUAGAAUUGUCUAAUCACUUGACAAUUAAUCAGUCGACUCUCUAGUUUAAUCAGAGAUGAUAAAAUCGACUCUAAAUUUUUUUAUUUGUUAACGUAAAUGUAAACAUGUUAUUUUCAAUAUGUUUCAACUAGUUUUUUACAAAACAAAAACUUCUACAAAAUUUUUAUUUUAUUCUGUAUUUUCAACUACAAGUUUUUUUUAUUUGCACGAAAAAUCAUCGUAUCUUUGAUGUUCCGGAAAUACUCUGUAUACUUCAACUUUAUAAAAACAAAUUUGCUUAUGAGCUCUAGAAGAUUAAAACAAAGUUUAAAAAAGGGACUAAUAAAAGCCAAUGCUGAUUAGUAUUACGUAUAAAAUUAUAGUUAAACUUUUUUAUACUCUUUCAUAUUCUUGCUCUUUCUAUGUUUGAUAAAAUUCUAAUCUUGUUCUCUAUAGCCAUUAAUUGGAAAAAGAAAGAGAGAGAGCGAGUUUAAUCCCAACUUAUCGAGAACAGAAGGUUCGGCUGUAUAUUAACUCCUGUUUCUAAUUUGUUGUAUUUAAAUUAUGUGUAAUCCAUUUUGCGCCCUUUUUUUAAUAAAUCUCUUCCAACUCUUCCUUUUCUCUAAAAAUAACAUUACAGACUAUAAUUAUUGAUUUAUCUUUAUUUAUUUUCUCUCUCUUUCUCUUUCUCACUCACUCAUUUACUCAUGUUCUCUCUCUGACAGCAAGUGUGAAAUGUUUUUACUGCGAUUAUUAAGAUAAGCUCGUUAUGCAUCUAUAAUUAAAUAAAUAAAAAUAACUAAUGCGUAGGAACUCCUACAGUGUAGGAGUUAAAAGAAUAUGUUACUAGUAAUAAUAUUAAUAAUAUUCUAGAUAUACUAAUUGUAUGUACAUUAGAUGAUGAUAUGUGAGCACACAUACAUACAUACACACACACAUACACACACACACACACAGAAGUGCUUAUAAAGAAUUAAUAACGCCAGAUUUAUGUAAAGAAAAAAAGAGAAGAAAAUAAUGGUCUGCAUUCUCAUCUCAUUUUUGUCGCAAUAAAUGCGUUCGUUUAUUUCUUUACCAAUUUAUGGUACGUGUGAUGUGAACUAAUAACAUAUAGUGGAACAUUUAUCAACAAAAGUGAGAUGAGAAAAUCGGCCGGAAGUCUUUUAUAUUAUAUUUAUGAAAGGUUAUUGUAGCCACAUAAACAUUUAAUAAAGAAAUGUACGUGUAUCUACCAUUUGGAAAAAUAAGACUAUCGCGUGUUGGCUUUGGAAAUGCAUUUAUUUUAUUGCAGUCAGUUCGACGCAAAGGAACUACAUUUAUACUCGAAAUAACUUAUGAGAAUAUUGUUAUGGCGACAAAUGUCACUUCAAUUUGUGAAAUCACACGAAUUCUUGAGAAAACCGUAAGCAUUCUCAAAACCGAAAGUUUCAACGUCACUCUUAAAUUUCGUGACAAACUCGAGUGGUUUGGUAAACUGUCGUGCACGGUAACAGAUAAACUCCAAUCAUUAUUGUAUUUAUCUAAAAGUUAUACUUGCAAUAAUGACCUCAAACAAUUUAUAAAUGAGAUUGACAUUUUGUGGACUUCUGUCAAAAAGCAGGUCUGUAGAAGAUAUUCCAAGAUUCAAAUGAGUAGUCGUGUACAAUCAGGAGUACCCUUAUCGUUGCUUCUCGAUAAAAUAAAGAAAGAAAAGUCUUUAAUAAGAGAGUCAUUGCACAUUUAUGAAAGCAAAUAUGUUGCAGACAACUGUGAGCAACUUGCUAGAUGUUAUACUUUGCUAAAUGAAAUAGAGAAUCUAUUGACCAAUCUAGAACGAUGUGAUGACGAGUUACAACAUUAUUUAGCUAUAUCAAAGUUGAUUCCAUUUCUUAUGAAGUUAGAAUCUACCAUAGACACAUAUGUUUCUACUAUCACACUGUUACCAAUUAACAAAUCCAAUCGUUCAGAAUUGGAUGUUCUCAUAAAUGUGGCAAAACUUCUCACUGGUGAAUUAUUGGGCAGUGAAUUUGUAGAUCCACAUCGCGUACUAACGGACAAUGCACCGAAAAAACCAGUAUUUAUCAUUAAAACCAAACCCAAAAUAGGAAGAUAUUUCACUGACACCAACCAUGGAAACGGCAUAGAAGAUGUGCAAAAUCACAUGUCUCGCGUUUAAGUGAGUAAUGUAAAAA